AUGGGGGUCUGGCUGUGGCCUCUGCUCUGGGGCUUCCAGAUGGAGCUUGUGUGGGGCGCGGGGAUCUUCCAGCCCCAGAGGUCGCCUCCCCCCAAGGCCAGGACGCCCAAGGCAAAGGAAUGGACCCCGUCGUCGUCCUCUUCCUCAGCUUCCACUUGGGUGCCCACCCCCGACCUGGAGAAGGUGGACCUGGAGGGUUCUGAGGCCGCCUUGACUUUCCUGUACUCGGGGGACGCGCUGAGGCUCUCCCAAGCCAACUGCAGCCGCCGCUUUGAGGUGCGGGACGGGGGCAGGGCCUCCAGUCCCCCGCCGGGCCUGCGCUCUGCCCUGCGGGGGGCCACCGAGACCCUGACCCACGCCACCAACUUCCUCAACAUGAUCUUCCAGACCAAUGACAUCAGGGAGUCGAGCGUCAAGGAGGACGUGGAGUGGUACCAUGCCCUGGUCCGGAGCGUCGUCGAAGGGGAUCCCCAGGUCUACCGGGCCGUGCUGACCUUUGACGCCCACCCGGCGUCUUCCAAACCCCAGCUGAUGCUCCAGGCCACCAAGGAGAACAACGAGAUCCUGCUGCAGGACCUGUCGGCCUCUUCCGAGAGCCUGCGGAACCUGAGCUGGGAAAACCAGUGGUUCAACGGCCUGCAGGCCCAGCGGGGCCUCUUCCUGCACAAGCGGGUCCUCAGCAACGACCUCAAGAGCCUGGACACCCCCAAGUGGAACCGGGGCGACAGCUACGUGAUGGACGCCAGCCACGUCAAGUGGUCGCCGCCCUUCCUGGAGUGCCAGGAGAGCAAGUUCCUGGCCAGCUGGAUGGUGACCCUGUCCUCCUCCUUCUAUGGGCUGAAGCCGGACCUGACCCCCGAGUUCAAGGGCGUGGUGAGGAUGGACGUCAAGCUGCAGAACGUGGACAUCAAUCAGUGCGCCAGUGGCCCGGAAUGGUUCACCGAGACGCACCAGUGUGAUCUCAACAGUACACAGUGCGUCCCGCAGGAAAGCCGCGGCUUCGUCCUCGGAAGAUACCUCUGUCUGUGCAAGCCGGGCUUCUACGGCACAAGCAGGGCCUCCGGCACUGGCCAGUCCGGCCCACAGGAAAGUUCGUCCCAGUACGCAGGGCAGUACGGAGCCGUGGACUCUGGGACCUUGCUCGAGUGCCGGCCCUGCAAGGAAGGAUGCGUGACGUGCGUGGACGACACCCCGUGUUUGAUCCAGGAGGAUUGGUCCCUGCGAGCUGCCGUCCUCUCUUUCCAGGCCUUCUGCAUGCUGGCCGUCUUUCUCAGCAUGCUGGUCUCCUACCACUUUCGAAUGAGCAAGAGGAUCCGGGCAUCAGGAGUUAUCUUGCUGGAGACCAUCCUCUUUGGCUCUCUGCUUCUCUACUUCCCUGUGUUUAUCCUGUACUUCAAGCCGAGCAUUUUCCGCUGCAUCGUCCUGCGCUGGGUGCGCAUGCUUGGGUUUGCCAUCGUCUACGGAACCAUCACCCUCAAGCUCUACAGGGUCCUGAAGGUGUUUCUCUCCCGCUCGGCCCAGCGAAUGCCCUACAUGACCAGCGGGCGGGUGCUGAAGAUGCUGGGGCUGAUCCUGCUCUUGGUGCUCUGGUUCCUGGCCGCCUGGACGGUGGGGAUGUUGGAGAACAUCGAUAAGAACAUCCCGCUGGUGAUCCGCUCCCAGACCGCCAAGGGGCUUCAGUUCUACAUCUGCGACCAUGACCGGUGGGACUACAUGAUGGUUGUGGCUGAGAUGCUCUUCUUAUUCUGGGGCAGCUUCUUGUGCUACGCCACCCGGACGGUGCCCUCUGCCUUCCACGAACCUCGCUACAUGGGCAUCGCCCUGCACAACGAGAUGAUCAUCUCUGCGGCCUUCCACGUUGUCAGGUUCGUGAUGGUUCCCUCGCUGCAUCCUGACUGGACGCUGCUGCUCUUCUUUAUUCACACGCACGUCACCAUCACCAUGACGCUGGCGCUGCUCUUCAUCCCAAAGUUCUUGCAUGCCAAAUCGCCCCUGCGGGAGGAGAUCGCGGCGGAGGUCUACGAGGACGAGCUGGACAUGCGGCGCUCGGGCUCCUACCUGAACAACAGCAUCACGUCGGCAUGGAGCGAGCACAGCCUUGACCCCGAUGACAUUCGGGAUGAAUUAAAAAAGCUUUACACGCAGCUGGAGGUCCACAAAACCAAGAAGAUGACCGCCAACAACCCUCACCUUCAGAAAAAGAGGAGCUCCAAGAAGGGCCUGGGUCGCUCCAUUAUGAGGCGUAUCACCGAGAUACCAGAGUCUGUGUCUCGGCAGUGCAGCAGAGAGGACAAGGAGAGCUCCAGCGGGGGUGGCGGCGGGAGUCGCUCCGGCUCCUACAAAAGAAGGCUUCUGGACUCCAGCAGCUCCAGCGUGAAGGUGAAAGAUGACUCCUCCAAGCACAAAGCCUUCUCUCUGAGGAAGUCCCACAGCACCUACGACCACGUGCGGGACCCCAAGGAGGGCUCCUCGCCCCCCAGGCACGACAGCGUCUGCAAGGAACCCCCGCUGCUAGACACCUUGAUGAGGAAAAAGCUGGCCAAAAAAGCCUCCGAGAGAACCAACAGUGAUUCCCUGGACUCAGCCCCUCUUGUCUACAAGUCUGCCAGUGCCCACAACCUGUUGGCGGACAAGAAACCCCUUCACCCCAAACCCUCCCCCUUGCAGAAAUCCCUCAGCGUCCUCACGAGCGCCAGAGAGAAGGCCCUGCUGUUGACCAGCCGAGCGUAUUUGGAAGACAGCUGCGAACAAGCUGGAGAAAAGGAGGGAGCUUCCACUCCUGAAACGCAAUCCUCAGGGCGGGCGGAUGGCGGGGGGGCCACUGAGCAGGCCCCAGAGGCAGGGAAGCAGCCGCAGAGCAACGACGUGAGCUCCCUCCUGCAAGACAGCUUUGACAGGGCUGCCGUUUGCCCCUGGGAGGGGGACGUUAGCCUGCCAGAGAGCAAGGCACAGAAACACGUCACAUAUGCCCCGAUAAAAAGCAUCAGCGUCGACAGCUCUCACCUGUUGGGGAGGGCGCCCCCUGCCGGCAAGAGAACACCACCGCAACCACCCAUCAGGUACCAAAGCUUGGCUCAUAGCCUCGAAAGGAGCGAGGUUGCCCCCUGGGACUCUCAGGAGCACAUGCAGCCUGCCACAGAUGCUUCCGGCCAGGGCUCCAAAGAUACCGGGGCGCUGAUGUACAGCUCUCCAUGGGAGGUGGAGGAGCUUUCGGGAAAGACGGAGAAGGCAGACGGGGGAGGAGAUAACGUGCAACCUCCGUCCACGCCUGGGAACAGCAGGCUGCCGUUUGUACCUUCCUUUGCUGCGGAAAUAUGCCCGUGGGAACUGGCAGAGGAGGAGGUUUUCAAUCAGAGUCAGCAGGACAAGACGAGCGAACCAGGAGGAGCUGAGAAACCAAACAGCUCUCUGGCAAAAGCCCAAAGCCUUAAAAUCCUCCCCCAGAAAAGCUCCUUCAAGGGUUUAGGGUUAGCCAUCAAAGCGUUUAACCGGGCAAGGGAGAAGAGCAGCAUUAAAAGAAGAAAGGAGGACGAGGGGAGCCAGAGGGAGAAAGAGAAAGAAAGAGAGUCCGGCAGUAAAUGCGAUAAGCCCAAACUGGCUGAAACCACAACGCUAUCCAUCGGCGGGACGGCAAGGCAAGAGGCCACAGCCAGAGGUCCUGAGGAAAGCAGGCAGAUCAGUAAACAAGCCACCAUCUGCCCCUGGGAAGAGGAGACUACAACCCCAUCCCUGCAAAACAAGGACACCAGCAAAAUGUUUGAAAUAUGCCCCUGGGAAGUGAGCAUGGAAGAAGCAGAUGGUCCCCAAGAUGGGUCGGCGCCAGCCAAAGCAAGCAGCGGAGCAGAAAGGAGGAGUUCAAAAGCCACUGGAGGCAUCAUACGUAGGAAGCUGGAGAGGGUGAGGAGCCAAUGGGAAUCCACGUGUCCCUGGGAGACCACAGAUUCUGGCGGAGCCCUGCAACCCCUGAGCGGGGAUGAGGAUAAAACACCCCGUCACUCCAACACGGACAGCAAGAAUCCCGAGGCAUGUCCCUGGGAAACCGCAGAGGUGAUAACCAGUGUCAAAGAUGAAAUAGGCCCUGUGGACGUGACUGAAGCUCCACCAGUGAAACAGGAUAAAGAUACAGCUCCCAGAGGGGACAAGAGCAUCCCGCUGAAAGCAGUGGCAGGUCCAGGCGAAACACUGACGAAGGGGAGCAGCCAGCGAGAGGCCAUCUGCCCCUGGGAGAGCUUGGACAUGGAGGAACUGUCAGCGAAAGCUGACACAAAACACACUGAUCUGCCUAAAGGGGCUUCAAAGAAAUCUGACAGCGUCGAGAGCAGAAAAGCAGAGGUUUGCCCGUGGGAAACAGAGGAGGUCGAAACCAGUGUUAAUGCUGAAACCUACCCCUGGGAGGUGGCUGAUGAGCCAUCAGAGAAAGGGACUUUACUAAGAAAAGGUGGUGUGGCUUCCAAAGAGGAUAAGAACAUCAGGUCAAAAGCAACAGGUCCAUCUAUAACACUGAAGAAGGGGAGCAGCCAGAGAGAAUCCAUCUGCCCCUGGGAGACCAUGGAUGCGAAGGAACCACCAAUAAAACCAGCUUCCAAAAGUUUUGAUCUGGCUAAAGUUGCCUCCAAGAAAUCGGACAGUGCUGAUAAAAAGGCAGAAGUUUGUCCAUGGGAAAGUGCAGAGGCUGAAACCAGCAUUCAAACGGAAAUCUGCCCCUGGGAAGCGGCUGAAGCACCAUCAGAUAAAGGGAAAGUAAAACAGGAGAGCAAUGGAGCUUACAGAGCCGGUUCAAGGGGGACUGGAGAUAUGCCAUCUAAGAAGUUAGAAACGGGGGGCAGCCAGCGAGAAUCUGUCUGCCCCUGGGAGAGUAUGGACAAGGAGGAACUCUCAGUCAAGCCUGCUACUAAAAGCCUAGAUCUGUAUCAAGCAGCUUCAGAGAAAUCGCACAGUGUUGAAAGCAAGAAGGCAGAGGUUUGUCCCUGGGAAAAUGCAGACAUUGAAGCCAGUGUUAAAACUGAAAUCUGCCCCUGGGAGGUGGCUGAGACUCCACCAGAGAAAAGAACAAGGGAGAAAGUUGGUCUCUCCAAAGGCGACCAGAGCAUCACCUCGAAAGCAGCAGCGGGUCCAUCUAAAACGCUGGAGAAGGGAAGCAGCCAGCGAGAGUCCAUCUGCCCCUGGGAGAGCCUGAGUGUGGAGGAAUCCUCUGUAAAAAUAGACAGUAAAAGCUCUGAACCAUCCAAAGGCCCUUCAAAGAAAUCCAGCAGUGUGGAGAGCAAAAAGGCUGAUGCUUGCCCUUGGGAAAGCGAGGAGGUUGAAGCCAGCGUUAAAGCUGAAAUAUGCCCUUGGGAAGUGUCUGAAGCUCCAUCAGCUAAAGGGAAAUUAAGACAGGACACAAGUCAGGGGGAGGAGACAGGUUCAAGAGGAACUGGAGACAUCCCAGCUAAAAAGCUGGAGAAGGGAAGCAGCCAGCGAGAGUCCAUCUGCCCCUGGGAGGACUCCUCUAUAACAACUGACCUGGGCAAAAUUCCGUCGAGGAAAUCUGACAGCGUUGAAAGCAAGAAGUCUGAUAUUUGCCCUUGGGAAGGAUUAGACCCAAAAGCGGUUGAGAAAGCAAGUUUGAAGGCGGAAAUAUGUCCGUGGGACGUCGAAGGAGCCUUGUCCAGUCAGGCAGUCGUGGAAACAGCCAGCACAGCUGUCACAGAAACUCCAACAGCCCAGCUGAAAAAAUCAAAAAGUAAACCCAUGGGCCAGGCCGAACACAAGCCGCUGCAUCGCCUCGUGCCUGACCCCAAGCCCCCGAGAGGUUUCAGCAAAGGCCAUAGCAUGAUGGCAGAUGUGCUCCCCUGGGAAGUGGGCGUGGCGCCCAUCGUGACCAGGUGUCUUAGCACAGGUAGCAGCACGAUGGCAGACAUCUGCCCGUGGGAAGCGGAAGGGGCUCCAACGGCGGCCGCAAAGGAUGAAGUAGAAACCAGCAAAACCUCGGAGGCGCGUCCGCUGGAGGCGGGAGACGUCAGUCCCGUCUGCGCCACCCCCGCCGAAAGCAAAACAGCAGAAAAACGGAGAGAGGAAACCAGGGGUCCCAGCCCAACCACAUCAGAUGUCUGCCCAUGGGACUGUGAGUAGCUUUUUCCAUAUGGGUGGGAAACGGAUGCAGAUGAGGUGAGAAGGCGGCUUCAACCAAUGACUGCUUCAAUUCUUAGUGCAGCCUACGGCAUGUCCACCAAACCUGGAUUAGGGACAUGACUGAAUCCUACACUGACAGUGGAUGGCGUGGGUGACAAAAUCCCAGACGCUAAUAUCCUUGAUCCUCUCAGUUAGUGGAAAUGAACCACACUUGGACUCUCUAUGGGCCACUCCUGUCAGGGGACAGCUGCAAUUUUCUGCCUUCACUGAAAACCCAAGUCAACUGUGAUACUCUGCAGAUUCCAUCCGUUGUCUGUCAACACACAGCAAAGUUCCAUAGUGUCCUCUUUGUCAAACCAGUGGUAUUGGAAAGCGUUAAGACCAUCCUCAGAGCCAGCCUCACCCACUUUCACCGGCCAUAUGUCCAACGAGCUCAUCUAAAACUGGAACUCGCUAAACAAAAAGUCUCAGCUGCGAGCUCUGGCGAAAUGAGGAGGGAUGUGCAUGGCGUCCUUCAUCAUACGAUUCUCCGUUUACGUUUACAGCUAUGUCUCAGUUAGCUGAUCGUCUGGAAGUGCGUGGAACUACUUGGUGUGCAAACCAAUGGGCCCAUACAGGAGGGCAAAUCAAACAAUGAGAGGUCAAUAAGCCUUACACCCAAAACGCUGCUCAUACACACGGGGGGGACAAGGCAACAGGGGAACAGUUGUGUCUGGUGUAAUAAGCAGCACUUUGGGCAGACAGCUGGAGUCUAAGAUUUGAAGAUGACGGGUAUCGAGAGACUUCUGCAAUUGACAGGCUCGGACCCUGAACGGCAAUGAAAAGCCUAUUGUGCAGAGCCAAACAAAACGUAAUAGUGAGGUGGAACAAGGGGACAAGGUCAAUGCAAAGAUGAGGCCAAGGAGGAAAGGGAAGAUGCUUUUCAAGUCAAUGCCAACAGCCCAACUGAUCACUCAUCAAACACUGCUGCCAUCUUCAUUCUGGCGAAGGGUAACGCCAAUGAUCUAGUUCAGGUUCCAAAGCUCAAGAUAAACAAGCUGCUGCUUAUGUUCCACUCCAGUCCUGUGUCACUCUGCUGCCUAGAUUUCAAAUUAAUUUACCUUUAAAUUCCCCACAAAGGCCCUGAACCAGUCAUACAAAUUUGAUGCAUCUGAAAGGAGCCAUUUUUGUUUCAUUCCAGUGAUGCUGGCUCAGUGCCUGAAUGUUAUUGGUGAGUGAGUGAUUCUCUUUUCUCUUGCCACAAAUCUCUGCAUGUCUUCCCGGGGAAUAAACUAACCUUCAGGCCAUUCCAAUGCUUCGCUUUUAGAAACCUUGGUAUUAACAAACCCCAGGGAUCGGUCACCACCGUACCAGCAGUGCACCUGGCUAAAUACACUGCACUGUUACACCACCGUCACGGGAACUCCAACUUAAGGGUGUUUAUUGUCUUAACUAACCAUGCCACUAACUUUCCAAAGCACUUUGUCAUUACUGGUUACCGUGCGUGUUUGUGUGAUCACACCCUGUGCAAACACGCCUAGGGCUAUGAUUCAGCUUCCCGGCACAGAAGGCUACCAAGCCUUUCCAGGAAGGGUAAAUCGCUUUCAUCAACAGUGUUUUUCACUGUCAAGAAUAACAAGCCUUCACUUUCAGACUACACAGAGAAGUGUGUUUUCCUGGAUGCCUUUAUUGUCCUGUCCCCACCCUACCCCCGCCACCCUCCACCCAUCUUUGGGUGGAGUUGGGAGAUGUUAGGCCUGCUG